AGUAAUAUCAACAUCCAUGUGUGUGUGAAAGAAUGAUUGAUCUAACCACUAAGCAUAAGCUAUAAGCUGGCUAGAGCUGUUUGAGCUAGGUGGCGAGUAUAAACUGAAGGAUCUACUAUUUUUGAAGCUCAAGCAAUUGAUUGGCAAGCUGCAAAUCUUCUAAAGAAGCUGUGAACAAGUCGUUACUGAACUGAUAUGUUUCCCCCUAGCCCUAGCCCUAGCCCUGACUGGAUUAAUUGAGUGCUGAACACUAAGCAAUAUAGGUAAUGUCUACUUCAAAACUACCCAGCACUGGAUCACUGAACCCGUUUGAUGACACCGACGAUGAAGAGGAUCCAGAGGUGUCGGAAAUCACUUGGUCUGCCGACGAUGAUGGUGGUGUUGAUCACGAGCCUGCUCAUGUUACACUGUUGAAGCGAUACUGUCUAGCCAUUGAAGAGCUCACUCAGAGCAAGGCCCUCAAUCCCUUCGCUCUGGAAGAACUGAGAGACAAUUUGAUGAACAUACAGAAGCUACUGUCGAAAGAUAGACCUGAGUCACAGGGUCAAGUUGGAUCAUGCCUCAAAUAUCUACUAAACGAGAAUAUCAUUGAGAGUGUGUAUAUGUUCAGUACGAGACAAAGAGAGUAUUCAAAGGAGGUCAAAAUAUAUCUACUGGAUUUCUUCACGGAAGUGUUUGCUCGAUCGCAACAACCACUCUUAAUUCACCAACAGAUCCUUCGACCUGUGAACAAGCUCCUGAGAGCGUGUGAGGGGACCAAGGACCCCCAGCUGACGAGCUCUCUCAUCCCCCUUCUCCAUCAGAUUUGCAUACUUGUGCAGGAGAAUCAGUCUCUGUUGGACCUCUUCUUUGUCGAGUCCAACGUCCAUAUGCAGUCGCGGUUCCUUGUGUUGACGUCUCUCAUUCCUCACAUGCACGAUAUGGGGGACGUGGGUAAUCGAGCGAGGGAUGCUCUGCUGCUCUGUCUCUCUCUGGCUGACCAACUCUCAGGGACCAACCUUUGUCGGUUCAUUGCUACUGACUGCAACUUUUGUCAGGUUCUCGCUACUGGGUUGAGUGGACUCUACAGUGAGCUGCCCACCUCACGAGUAAUCUCAUUGGACGACUGGCAGUCCCCCCUCCAUGUGAUAGAGGAGACUGUGCCUGAGUUGACGAGGUUCACACAAACACUCGGCUUUUGCAACUCUGUACUACAGAUGGCCCCUACAGUGAUUUGUGAGACUGUUCUCUCGCUCGUCAGGAAUGGGUUCCUAAAUCAAGUCAUGGGGUCAGCUCUGUUACAGCGUUCUGAAAUUGCAGUGAUAUUUGCCACUGGCUAUCUGACAGUGUUUUUCAGACAUAUCUCUGACGUGGCUCUAAUGAGGGAGUUCCUGUGCUUUGUGAUGAUGAGUAAGCAUGAUGGCCGAUCCAUUCUAAACUCUCUCCUGCAAAACAUAUCUUCUUCAAACCACAAGCUGUGUGGUGUCACUUUGGAGCUAUUUUAUGUUCUGCUAAGCCUCAACUGUGAGGAUGUGCUCUUGGAGCUGGUGCUAAAGUACCUAGUCCCAGGGCACCAUGUGAUGCCCAAUCAGCUUGCCAUUGUCGGGUCACCUGACCUCUACUCUCAGGCUGCCAGACGCUUCCUUCAACUCAUCCCCACGGCUUGUAUCAAUGCUGAGAGAAUGUUCCUCGAUUCUAUCCAACGGCCGAUCACCCCUCCCCCAAACACUGAGGACACACCCCCUCCUAUCUUCACCUCAUCUCCCCUACCGGGGCAGACACCUAUCAAACGUCCCACGCCCACACACGUAUCUCAGGGAACCCCCCUAAACAAUACAGCAGUGGGCACUCCCAGUCUGAAUCCGUUUGAUGCUCCACAUAGUGGGCGGAGUCGCAGUGGCAGUGACGCAAGUACUAGCAGUCUAGUCAGUAUCAGCUCUUCCUCUGCUCAGCAAACCACACCCAGUAGAAUCACAACCACACCCACAAUGAAACCUCUCUCUUCUCUCAAUGGAGUCGAUGAAGAACGAAAAUCUGUCGGGAUCGGUAAAUAUUCUUCUACGAAAUCGAAUGGACUUACUUUUCAAUUCGAGUACGUAAACCCGGAAGUGGCUUAUCUCAAGAAUAUGAUGGUUGCUAGGGAUACUAUCUUGCAGUGUGCCACCUGCUGUCACUGUUGGUCUAGUCCCUAUGACAAGUGUAUCAUCUCGAAAGAAGCUUUGGCCCAGGAGUUAGAAAACGAACCACCACCUGUUAAGAAAUCACUAGAAAUGGAGGACGUGGCCAUAAGAGUUCGAGUGACAAGUGAAGGAGACGGAGAAGAAGACAAUUUCGAUUUUGGACGAUUUCGUUCACGAGCUACUACUGUUUCUGCUCAGCCCAGAAAUGUACGGGCUAACAAUUUGAGGCCUAAAAGAGAACUGGAAGAAAAUACUGCCAUUUCCAAGUCCACUGAUCAAGCUCAUGAUGAGUCUCCGAGUGUCUCCCCUACAAACCGAAGAAGGAGAGCCACAGUGAAGGACAGGACGUCACCUCGACUGGCUAGGAAGCAAUUUGGAAAUACAUUUGAAGACAAAAUCGGCUUAUUCAUGAAAAUUGUUUUGGAAAAACUGUUUGAUAUGCUUCAGUUACCACCAUCUGUGAAUGUUCUGCUGACGAGGCUUAUCAGUCGAUUGGCCGAGUACCCUCAGCCCCUCCUCCGGUCACUCCUACUCAACCACCACCUGGUACUGCGCUCUGGGAUCCCUAACCUCCUUUAUGUUCUACAAACUGUCAAGACCACCAUCGAUAGCUACUCUAGAACUCAAGACGGGUUUGAGAAGAGGUUGGGACGUGCACGCAAGACAAUGAUCUAUCGAGCACAAGUUAGAAACUCUCAAAUUGAACCCUCAGCUGCCCAACAAAUUGUGUCGAGACUUCUCAGACAAAGCUCUCGUAUUGACAUGGGCCUGGAACUACCUCCCCUCGAUGGUGGCCCCUCGCCCAGCAGGAAGAGGACUCCGGAGAUACCUGACCAAUCAGAUGAUCUACAGCCUGUGUCUCGGAGUAGAGCACGCACUGACGGAGCCUCACUGAAAUCAAGCGUUCGUGUGAAGAAAAAGAAAGUGCCAACGGAUACACUAUUUGCAAUUGUCAUUUUCGAUGAGUUUCUUAAAGAGCUGGCAGCUUUAUCACAAGAACAUUCUGUUUUGAACCCAUCAUCUUAUCUACUAUUGCACCGAUCUUAAAAUUUUUAUUUGUAGGAAUUCAUAAUUAAUUUUGUUCUUUUAUCCGUGUGUUUGCAUGCAACAGCUCAUGCUUUCCCUCAAUAAAAA